AUGGACGCACUUAUCACCUGUUGCUCCCUGUUGCUUUUUAACAUCCUUUAUGUCGGUGUAAGUUUAUCUGCUUACAAAUACUCGAAGGACAAGUACAAGCAUAUAAGAAGAGAGUCGAAGUUACUGGAUGGUCUUGUACAAGAUUUUGAUGAAGUUUUGAUGUCAGUGAAACAAAUAAUGCAGAAAGAAAGUGAACUGAUGGAGUAUUCUGAUCUCAAGAAAGUAACUGAACUACUGAAGGAGAAAGACAACUGGAUAUCAAAAGCAAGAGAAGUGGUUACAGAGGGAACCUUGUGCUUUCAAAGAUUUCAGGAAUUGAGAGAGAAAAGAAACUCUUCCAAAUGGUUUGUUUCAUUCUUAAUUGAUAUGCCACCGGUGGUUGAUGUUGCCUAUGGGAUGCCCCGGAUUGAGAAAAGGAUAAAAGAUCACCUUGGGAGGAACCUGAUCGCGGAUACUACUGACGUGAAGGAGAAGGUAUGUGUCAGUGACAUCUAUGAAUCAUUGGAGAAUUCAAGGUCCAAAGUUAGAAGCGUGCAGGAAAGAUCUGUCGUUGAUGAGAGGGAACAUCAAUCUUUAAACUCUAGGCCACCACCUAUUGGCAAGAGAACUGGUAAGCUGAUUUCCUCUCUAACAAAUCUGAUCAGUGUUCACCCAGAUUUGACGCAAGGAGUGGAAGAGAAAAUAGAAUUACACCUAAUGCAUUUACACCUACUGCAGACUUUCACCGAAGAUUUAAAGAGUGUCAACCUGGAAAGCAAAUUGGAAAUUUCCUGGGAAAUUGAAGCAAGCGAGACCAUUGACGAAGCACAGGAUGCAAUUGAUGCCAUACAUAGAAAAGCAAAUCGGAGAAGGUGGAUUACAGAUUUCAGACAAUGGACAGAUAGGUGGAAGCUUAAGGAUGAGCUAAUGGAUGUUGGUACCUGGAUCUCUGGCCUCAUGGAAAUUAAGGAAAGGUAUGGUUUUAUAUUUAUCAGAAGAGACCGAUCUCGAAAGCAAACCCUUCAGUAUCAGACUACAGAUGAUACAGAUUUGUCGUCUGCUGUAAAUAACAUUUGUAAGUGCCUCACUCAACUGACAAAAGUAGAAGGCAUCCACAUCCACUCACUGCGUAAGGAGUUGGAAGACAUGCACAAAUAUUUGAAAGAGACAAAAGCGACCGAUUAUGCUAGUAAUUUAAGAAAUGCUUGCUUGGUGAAACUGAAGGAGAUAGCUGCUAACAUAGAGUGUUACUCAAACAUUGUCAUGAAAGAUUCAAAGUCAAAGCUUCCCUCAGAAGUUAAGCAAAUCAAGGAAGUUGUCAAACUUCUCCACAGAUGCAUAAAGGUAUAUUCCAUUGAGGUAAGGGCGGAUUCAUGCUCAGUAGUUGGUUUGGAAGAAGAUAUAAAUCAACUGGUCUCGCAACUGACAGGAGAGGCCUCUGUCAUUUCCAUUGUGGGGAUGAAGGGCAUAGGUAAGACAACCCUGGCAAAAAAAGUUUUUUACGACCGCCGCAUCACAAAACAUUUUGACGUCCAGGGUUGGGUGUCUAUACCUCAUGAGCCUGAAGGAGUUGUGCUGUUCACAAGUAUUAGAAACCCGUUGACCAAGAAGGAACGGGAGGAACCAGAGGAACGGGAGAAACAGGACGAACAGGAGCAACCGGAGGAACCAGAGGAACUGGAGGAACCGGAGGAACGGGAGAAACGGGAGGAACGGGUGAAAAGGGAGGAACCGGAGGAACUGGAGAAACGAGUGGAACCGACUGGAAGAGACUGUUGGAUCCAGAAAGUGCUUGAUUUUUUGAAUACAAAAGAGAAGCGAUACCUUCUAGUUCUGGACAAUGUCUCGUCAAUGGAAGAAUGGAAUAGUCUUACACGGAAUAGUCUUACAGCAGCAUUACAAAAUCUGAAUAGGAGCAGGGUUGUGGUCACUACAACGAGUAGGGCAGUUGCUUCACAUUUUUCCCCAAAAAACAGUCUCCACCAACUUCGGCUACGAACCAAAGAAGAGAGCUGGGAGAUUUUCACCCAGAGGGUUCAUUACCGUCCUGGUAAAAUGGAAUCUCAUGCAAAGGAAGUUGUGGGAAGAGGUGGAGGCCUACCACUUGCCAUCAUAGACGUUGGAAAUCGACUGUCCGGGAGGGAAGAGAAAUCUAAGGAAUUUUUCAUGGAGCUUGAGCGUAUCACUCAGGGUAAGAACCGAACACCAUGGUCGGAUACCGUGGCAGAGAAUAUAAAAGAGUUAGAGUCGAGCUCAAGUGCGCAUUUGAGUAAAUGUUUUUAUUACUUCCAACUCUUCAGCAGGGAUUUUGAAAUCCCUGUGAGGAGGAUAGUCUCUUCAUGGAUUGCACAAGAGUUUGUACAAGUUGAAGGAGGUCAAAAUCUCGAAGAAGUUGCAUACGAGUGUCUAUCAGAGUUGAUUGGACGUAAUAUGAUUCAAGUAGUUCAAAGAAAGCCUGAUGGGAAGGUCAAGACAUGUUGCUUGCCUACUACUGUGCGAGAUCCCUUGUUGCAAGAUCAAGGCAAUAUCAGAGAGACUCGCUCCUCAUUCCCAACUACAAGUAAGGAAGGGAAACUUGCGUUUCACUUGGAUGGUUAUAAUGAUGCUAGUUUUAGUGAAAGUCUUGGUCCCAGCACAAAUGCUUAUCCCCACUGCAUUCUCUUUUUUGAUACUCGAGAGGGAAAUAAACCCGGUGAAGAUAUAGGUGAAUUUAUUCUCAGAAGCAUUGAUGAUGGUUCCUUCCGAAAGCUACAAGUUCUUGACCUGGAACGUGUUUUCAGACCUCAAUUGCCGACGAACAUAGGAAAACUAAAGCAGCUGGCAUAUCUGGGCUUGAGGUUGACUUACCUCGAGACAAUCCCAGAUUCCGUAGGUGACUUGGUGAACCUCCAGACACUAGAUUUGAAGCAUACUUAUGUUCAAACUCUGCCUGGUUCAGUAUGGAAGCUGAAGAAACUUCGGCAUCUCUACUUGAACCAGAGUUGUCAAUUCACUCAACCAACUGACUUUUCCAUAAGGAAUUUUCAAUUGCCUCAACCAAGUGGCAUUUCCAUGAAGAAUCUGCAGAUAUUAUCAGGUGUAUUUGUGGAUAAUGGCAGUCCCUUGAAGGAUGGGCUCUCCAAGUUGACCAACCUUCGAAAGUUGGGGUUGGCAUUCCAGCUCAAAGAGCAAGAAGUAUUGGAAACAUGGAUCGCCAAGCUGAGCCACUUAAAAUCUUUGAGGUUGAGAUCAAUUAAUGAGAAGAGGGAAGCUCAACCUCUGAAAUUAAAGAGUAUCCCAGACCUCAAGAAACUGUCCAGCCUAUAUUUGUUUGGAACGAUUGAAAAUCCAUCCAUCAUAAUAAAUUAUGAACUCCCAAAAAGCCUGACCCAUCUUACCCUAUCAGCCUCUAGAAUUAAAGAAGAUCCAAUGCCAAAGUUAGGGAAGCUUCCAAAUCUCAGAUCACUUUCGUUGUACUCUGGUUCUUAUGAAGGAGCAGCCCUGGCUUGCACCAAGGAUAGUUUUCCCCAGCUUCUAGUUCUGAAGCUUUGGAAACUAGAUACCCUGGAGAAUUUGGAUGUGCAAGAAGGAGCAGUACAAAAGCUUAGGGAGUUGGACAUAAGAUCCUGCAAGAACUUGACAAUCAGUAUUGUAUUGACUCAUUUAAAGACCCUCCAGGAAUUUAAAGUUAGUUAG